GUUUUUGCAUUGCCCUUCGACAUCGGUUCGUCUCCUUCUUUAAUUUUAUUUGUCGUGUUCUCUGGGUGUUACAGUUUUUUUUUAUUCUUCUGCAGUGUGUUCCAGGUACCACAGCACAUGCAUUUUUAUAUUAUUGAAAAUGGGACAGGGCUUCGCCGAACCUCACUAGUUUGUAACUCGUUUUAACUGGCAUGAACAAACAUGGACAACCUUCUUUCGUUUCUAUACUUCUAGCGAUUCAUGUUCACAGCAUACACAUUCAACUUGAGAUACAGACAGAACAAGGAUAACGGAGACCAAAUAAAAAAGAUUUCUUCUUUUAUUGUAGACAAGAGAGACCAUGAGCUUGCGCUGCCGACAGCUUUUUGUCGGAAAUAUACCAUUCUCAGUUGGGUGGCAGGAUCUUAAAGAUCUAUUCCGAGGGGCAGGGACAGUUCACCACGCUAAUGUGAUGAUAGGAAGAGAUGGUCGAUCCAAAGGACAUGGUAUUGUAUUGUACGCAACAAUUGAAGACGCCAAGAAAGCUCAGGAAAUGUUCAAUGGAUACGAGUGGCACGGACGUCUCCUGGAAGUUAGAGAGGAUAGGAGCAUCAUAGACUUUUCUCCACGGAAACCCAUUCCAUCGCAGCCUGAGGAUAUGAACAAGCUCGCAGAGAUAUUAGACCAGAAACUGAAUGUACAUGGAGUCGUUGAGGGUCGGGAAAAGACAUCAAAUGCUGCGGAUCAGGAUCUGACUAAUUUAACUGACAAUCAUCGUGAAGGAGUUAAUGAAUCAAUUAAGGGCGACAGUGCUAUAGAGACACCAACAACGACCAAUGCAGCCCAAAGACGAACCAUUCACAUUGGAAAUAUUCCGUCGCGUGUAAGAUGGCAAGACUUGAAGGAUUUGUUUAGAAAAGCGGGCCGCGUUAUCCGAGCGGAUGUUAUUCUAGGACCUGAUAAUCGAUCACAUAUUUUUGGGACCGUUAUUUUUGCAACUGAAGAGGAAGCCAGGAAUGCGAUUCAAAUGUUUGAUCGCUUCCAUUGGCAUGAUCGCGUAAUCCAUGUACAGGAGGCUCGACCUGGACUUGAACAUGGACUCCAUAGUCUGGAAGGAAGUCAGAUUCGAGGGACUGGAUCUGGGCCAAACUAUGGGGGCCCGUUCUUUAGAAGCCCUCUUCCUAUGAAUCCAAACUUUGUUCAUGGACGUCAAGUAUUUGUUGGAAAUCUUCCGUUUACGUGUCAAUGGCAGGACCUUAAGGAUCUGUUCCGCAAAGCAGGAGAUAUCAUUCGGGCCGACGUGACUCUUGGAUAUGAUGGCAGGAGCAGAGGUUUUGGAUCUGUAUUAUUUGCGACUCCAGAGGGUGCUAGGAAUGCUAUUGCAAUGUUUGAUGGCCAAGAAUACAAUGGACGUACUCUUCGGGUUCACUACGGUCGCGCUGGGCCAAUGGGACAUGGGCCAAUGAUACACGGCAAUAUGUGUCCAAUAAUGCAUCCUCAUCCUGUGCACCAUCCUCAUCUACAUCACCACCCUCACCACCUUCACCACCCUCCACAUCUACCUCACCACCAUUCUCCACACCCACUUCAUCAUCAUUGCCUACAUCCACCUCACCACCAUUCCCCACAUCAACUCCAUCCAAUGCACGCACAGCACGGGCAUGGAUUUCCUCCCAACUUCCACCAGCCUCCCAUGAUGCCUCUUGGAAAUCAUCCAAUGAUCCCUGGCCCAACGCUGCCAGGCCAGGUCAAUAUCGGUCCACCCCCCAUUGGCACCAGCGCCUUUUCGUCGGCAUUGUUAAGUCCGCAUUCGAGCCAUACCCCCGAUAUUUCAGCGACAGAUGGCUCAGUAGAGGCUGCAGCCUCGCCAUUAUCAACUAAGAACCAUAUAGGAGUAGACAAAUCAGGCGACAGAGCCAAAUCUCCAUCUCAGUUUGAGGCUAGUUCAAAGUCACCCAUCAAUAUCAGUUCGCCUUUAAUUCCUUCCGCUAUUGCCGCAGGCUCCGGCCAUACCGCCACUACGGUGGGCCCUGGACCAUUUACUUCAGGGCCUGGGUCAUUAUUGCACCAUCCAUAUGCAGGUUCACCGUCCCAAUACAAUCAAUACCCAUUUCUAGCCAACCUUGGCUCCAUUGGAAAAACUCAUCCUCAUUUCCAUCCUAUCUAUGGAGCACUGCAUAACUACACUUCAGAAGUUGAAUCCCCAACAGCCUUUUCAUUCCCUUCGAACGCCAUUCCAUCUUCAGAGCUUGAGCCAACAAGCGUAGACAAUGGUAUAUUAGCCGUCGGCAAUGGAAAUGAAAACGUUCAUGGUGGGGAUCAUGCAUAUCUGAUGAAUCACUCAAGUAAUGGCACUGACAAGAGGGGUGGACAGGAUUUGAAGAGACACGAUACUGUUGACAAUACCGACAUCAAUAGCGGUUCAUCCACCCAUGUACAUGCUAAUGAUACGGUCUCGCCAGGGUUCUAUAUGUACCCAGGAUUUUUUCAGAAUCAUCAAGGUCACCAACCGCCACAACAUCAACAUUUUGGAGGCCAUGAUGAGCACCAGCAAGGAUAUCAGCAACAGCCCCAACCCCUUGGAUACCCCCUUUACCAGGAUUCAUACCCGUCAGACCAAAGUCAUCUGGCUCAUUCUCACUCGAAUUUGAUUGGGGGGCUCGGUCUUGACGGUAAUACGCAUGAGCAUGGUCACGGUCUUGGGUAUCUAAAUCAACCUGAUUGGGUAGCUCAUCCAAAUGUCUUCAUGAUGGGGCCGCCAGCUCAGCAUAUGUACGGUUUAGCUCAGUUUGGGCAGUAUGGUGGAUAUCAUCAUGGACUGGGUGAGGAAGAAGAAGAGGAAGAAGAAGAAGAGGGAGAAGGAAAAAAGGAUAAAGAGCGAGCCAAAGAACUGGGAGAUGAUAGUCAAUAUUUACAAGCCAAUCGGCAUUUUUGAAGUAAGAACAAACAGU